UGAGUCGACUCAAAACACAACCAGGCUCGCUGUUUGUUCUCAUCGCUGCUCUUUCCGAUCCAAUAGGCGUUCAGGACGAGGACGAGCUUAGAGUGCGUCGAGCUUUAGAAUCGCGACGUGCUCUUUUUACGUUGAUUCGAGACCGUAAGUCGAGUCAAUUCCGAACCAGAAGUGCAUGGAGCGUACGCCAUGAACAUUCACGCGCUAUUUCACGUCGUUAGUGUUGCGUUACUGCUUCUACCUCGCUCACUGGCGGUAGGCGAUCAUCUAGACGGCGGGAGGUUGCACGCAGACGAAGGCCUCAAACGCGGCCAGGAGCUCUUCAAGCAAUGGGAGGAGGCGUACGGGCUGCAAAAAGAAUCCAUUCUGCCACCGGAAAAUAUCUCCCUGCCCGCUGACGUGGCAGCAGCUCCGCAUUUGGAGGCGUGCAGGGAGGUGUCCCAGCACAGGAGGGCAGCGGAGGAGCAGGGACCCAAUGGCGAGUCGCCUGAGUGGGCUCGACCUAAGGACUGCUGCGGCUGCAACCCACAACCACCAUGGAUCCGCGGUUCAGAUGCAGCGAAUCUGGGAAUGACACGUGUAGCCCAGAGGGACAUCUGGGAGCACCAGUUCCCGCCCAAUAAGUGCGAGGGGAGGAAGCUGCUCAUCGCACGCUGGUCCUACAUCGCCCAUGGGAUAGGGUCGCAGGUGCACAUAAUGACGGCCAUUCUCAGCCUGGCCAUGCGCCACAAUCGCAUCCUGGUGCCCAUGUAUCAGACGUUCGACCGCGCCAAGCACAGCGAGUGCAAUGCCACGGGAUCAUGGGGCACGUUCGACUGCUACUUCUUCCCUCUGGUCUCCCCAGACUGCGAGGCCAUUGCUCUCAAGGCGAACAGCAGCGGGGCUCUUCCCCCCUGCAGCACGCCUGAAACCAACGAGGAGGUGCUGGGGUCAGACCACCCCGUGGUGUGCUUCCACCACGAGCCCUUCAACGGGCUCAUGAACGAGGCCAGUGUUGUCAGCCGGUGGGGCACGGCGUACUUGGAGCGGCCCAACGUGGUUGAGCUGCAGGGGCAGGUGCAGCCUGACGACCCCAGGCUGCUCAAAGUGCACUGGUGGCGCGCCCAGGCACUGCGCUUCAUGCUGCGCUGGCCGUCGCCCUACCUGUGCCACCUCACCAACAAGAUUCGCCACGGGUCGUACGGGCUGCGAGUGGCCGCCCACACCAUGCAAGCCAGGGAGCGCAGCGCCGCCCUCCUCCGACUCUACAACCACCAACUCUCCUCCUCCCCGGCUGCUGCCACUGAUGCUGCUACUACUGCCGCUGAUGCUGCUAGUGAUGCUUCUGCUGCUGCUGCCACAGCUUCUACAUCAACAUCGUCGCCUCUUCGCCCCCUGAGUCUCAACCAUACCGACCCGUCUUUCCUUUCCUUCGCCGACCCUACCAUGCACGUCCGGGCCUGGCCCGGGCUCGGCAUCAGCAGCUGCUCAGGGUCGGCCAGCUCUCCCGGACCUGCACCCACCUUCCGAGCCUAUCUGACAAACCUAUACGACCAGGUCGGGAGGGAGGUGUACCUGCCUCGGCCGAUGGUGAGCCUGCACAUCCGGCAGGGCGACAAGGGCAGUGAGAUGAAGCUGAGCUCGUUCAACUCCUUCAUGUUCUACAUGCACCGCCUCAGGCUGCACGUGCCGGACAUUCGCUUUGUCUGGAUCAGCACCGAAAUGCAGUCUGUCAUCGACCAGUCAGCCCAGUUCAAGGAUUGGACCUUCUUCUACUCGCAGAACGAGCGCCAGGAGGGCGCCACUCGCCUAAUAGACUAUGAGAGGAAGUGCGGGCUGGCACAGUUGGUGGGGGUGAGCUUUGCGAACUUGCUCAUCUCAUCUGACUGCGACUACUAUGUGGGCGUGCUCGGGUCUAAUUGGAACCGCCUCAUCAAUGAGAUGCGGGCCACAAAUGGCAGGGUUUUUGCCGGGUACGUCACAAUCAACCUCGGGGAAUUCUAGUACCGUAUUCUCCCGGAUACAGUACCCGCCGGAAUUAAGCUCCCAUGGGUGGCUUGAGCGGGUAUGGGUGUUUAAUCAAACUGGAUCUAGUUACCACCCUACUUUUGGGGUUGAAAACAAUUGAACACACUCCCCCGAAACGGGGCACUACAUUCCAAUGAAUUUUCACUGGAAUUAGAGGUUAGCUAAACCUAAGCCUGCUUGGAUGUCCUAGAGCUAUAUAAGGGGACCACAAUACAAGCUACCACUACUCUAGCUCAUGCUGCUACUGCCUCUGCCACGUGCUCUAAUCGUCCUCGUCAUCAUCUUCAUCGUCGCCAGCAUGCCACUCCUCAACAUCACUCCCAUCUACCAGCUCAUCCCACCAGUGGCUGUUAUCAUCCUCUUCAGCAAUGCCUUCAGCCGGCCACUCCACACUGUCUUCAACUCGUGCUUCUGCUGCUGUCUCUGCCUCUGCUGUAGAGAGGUCGGCAUCCUCUGCUACUGCCGCUGCUGCUGCCACUUCAUCCAUGUCGCCAUCGGCUUCUGCUGCCGCCGCGGCAUCAUGCUCCUCGUCGACGUCGAUCGUGCGGUCAUACAUAAUUAUAUCACCGACCAGGCUCGGGAUGUACUGGCGCGCUAUAUCUAGCGUAAUCCUGCCGUAAUCCCUUAAAGCCAAUAGCCUCGCGUGGCUAUACGCAGGGUGAUUCUAUUUCUAGAAGGGUCUAUUUCCUUUGGAUAGGAUAAACCUGGUUACCUGAUGUACUUUGGAAGUAUAAAAGCAUCUUGUACUGAAUGAUAGUGCAACAUUGA